UGUUGCUCACAAGAUGCAGGUCAUUUUGAUUUAUUUUUCAAGACAUCGGGAACGUAUCGUGAAAUACGAACAGAAAACAAUUUCGCUAAAAUGAGUGAGGAGAAACCCAUCCUGCUGCUCUCCUUCCACACUGAGCCCAAACAAGAGUCACUGGAUUUUGAUUAUGAAAAUGGAGCUCAGGGGGCAUUGGUGGAUUCAGAGAUGACAUCAGUAAAGCUGGAAGACGAGAGUAAAACGCUGGAACUGAAUGUUAAGAUUAAAGGUGAAGAGGAGAAGAAUGUGGUUAUCAUAAAAAAUGGAGAGGGGGAUUUACUUAAUCACGAUGGGAUUCCUGAAGUGGAGGCAGUUGGAGAGAAACAACAGGAACACUGCAAUCAUAAGAAGUCCCACCACUGUCCCCAUUGUGAAAAACAUUUCUCAUCUCUAUCACUGUUUAAAAAACAUGUUAACAUACAUACUGGAGAGAAACAUUACUCCUGUUCUGACUGUGGAAAGUGUUUCAUGAGAUCAUCUGCACUUACUGAACAUCAGAGAGUGCACACAGGUGAGAAAUCUUACUGCUGUUUUGACUGUGGAAAGAGUUUCUCUCACUUAGUUAACUUUAAAGCUCACCAGCGCAUACAUACUGGAGAGAAACCUUACUCCUGUUCUGACUGUGGGAAGUGUUUCCUUAAAUCAUCUGAACUUAUUAGUCAUCAGAGAGUGCAUACAGGUGAGAAGCCUUACUCCUGUAAUGAUUGUGGGAAGAGUUUCUUUCAAUUAGGUAGCCUUAAAGUUCACCAGCGCAUACAUACUGGAGAGAAACCUUACUCCUGUUCUGACUGUGGGAAAUGUUUCAUUGGAUCAUCUUAUCUUAUUAGUCAUCAGAGAGUGCACACAAAUGAGAAGCCUUUCUCCUGUUCUGACUGUGGGAAGAGUUUCUCUCAAUUAGGUAACUUUAAAGCUCAUCAGCGCAUACAUACUGGGGUGAAACCUUACUCCUGUUCUGACUGUGGGAAGUGUUUCAUUAGAUCAUCUAAUCUUAUUACUCAUCAAAGAGUGCACACAGAUGAGAAGUCUUUCUCCUGUUCUGACUGUGGGAAGAGUUUCAUUAGAGCAUAUGAACUUACUAGUCAUCAGAGAGUGCACACAGGUGAGAAGCCUUACUCCUGUUAUGAUUGUGGGAAGAGUUUCUCUCAAUUAUGUAACUUUAAAGCUCACCAGCGCAUACAUACUGGAGAGAAGCCUUACUUGUGUUUUGAAUGUGGGAAGAGUUUCUCUCAAUUAGGUAGCCUCAAAGUUCACAAGCACAUACAUACUGGGGAGAAGCCUCACUCCUGUUUUGACUGUGGAAAGAGUUUCUCUCAAUUAGGUAGCCUCAAAGCUCACCAGUGCAUACAUACUGGACAAUAAUAUUGAUCAUUUGACACUGGAGGUUAAUAUUGAACAUUUGACAGACUUUACAAGUGUUGUUUUACAACAUCUAGUAGUUUAACUUUCUGUCUAUGGUGGAAAUUACCAAGAUCUCUUCGAAAGAUUUGAGAGCCCUAUGAUCUGUUAAUAACAUGCUUAUUGAUCCAAGUUGCAACAAGAUCCCUUUCACAGAUGUGACCCAUAAACAAAGGCCUGUUCAUUAUCACAUCAAGAGGCACACAGCUUUGAAAUCUCAUCUCUCUUCUGACUGGGAGAGGGACUUAAGAGGAAUGAGAUGAGCACAAAUGUUGUAUGAUUGACAGCUUUACCCCAUACUUAUCCAGCAAUUAUUUAUUAUAUACAGUGGUGCUUGUAAGUUUGUGAACCCUAAAGGGAUGGUCAUUCUUUUUCUGUAUUAAGUAAUACAUUCAAUCUAAUCUAAACCUCCAUUUGUAAUAAGGUCAUUCAAAUGCACACAAA